AUGAAUUACACAAAUGAAUAAUAAGGAGAUCUAGAUAAAGUUUUUGCAGAAGCUAAAGAUGUUGAUGAAUAUAUCUUCGAUGUGAUAAUUGAGAUUUUUCGAAAAAAUAAGAUUUCAGAUAGUUUAGGUUAUCUAUUUAUGUAUGAGAAUCAAAAGAAUUAGGAAUAAUUUAUGUUACAAGUAGAGAACCUAUCAUUUUUUGAUAAGUAAAAGAAGCUUAAUUUUAAAAGUAAUCAUGUGAAAAUAAUCACAAAUAUUCUCAAAUAAAUUAAAGAUCAUGACUUUAAUAAAAAUAAUUAUUCUUCUAAGGAAUAUUAAGAAAUUAAAUAAGAUAUAAUAGAAAAAAUUGCUAAGAAUAAGAAUGACAUUUUAUUAUUAAAAUUUUUAGUUUCCCUCACAGCUAUUGAUAGCCAAUUCAUAGUAUGCGGAUCAAAUUCAUUUCACUUAUUAGUUAAGAUGAAGAUUGAUCUUAGCAACCAAUUUUUUCAAGAUAUUAAAAUAUAGAAUACUUCCAUAAUGAGAGCAAAUUUAGUCAGAUGCAAUUUGAGUGGUUCCAUGUUUGAGAAUGUAAAUAUAAGUGGGAUAAAUUUGAAUGGAUCAUAAUUAUUUAAUUGUAAAUGGAAGAAUAUUUAAAUACAAGAGUUGAAUAAAUUAGAAGGUCAUAGUAAGGCUGUGCGAUCAAUUAGUUUCUCUCCUGAUGGUACUACAUUAGCAUCUGGUAGUGAAGAUAAGUCUAUCCAAUUGUGGGAUGUUAGGACAGGAUAAUUAAAAGCCAAAUUUGAUGGUCAUAAUAAAUGGGUAUCAUCAGUUUGCUUCUCUUCUGAUGGAGCUACAUUAGCUUCUGGUAGCUGGGAUAAUUCUAUCUAUUUAUGGGAUAUUAAGACUAGAUAGAAAAAAGCUAAAUUGAAUGGUCAUACUCAUUAUGUCUAAUCAAUAUGUUUCUCUUCUGAUGGUUCUACUUUAGCAUCUGGUAGUUGGGAUAACUCAAUACUUUUUUGGGAUGUAAAGACAAAAAAAAUAAAAGCUAAAUUGGAUGGUCAAACUCAUUAUAUCCAAUCAAUAUGCUUCUCUCCUGAUAGUAGUACAUUAGCCUCUACUAGUAGAGAUGACUAUAUAUGUUUAUGGAAUGUUAAUACAAGAUAAUAAAAAGCCAGAUUGUAUGGUCACACUAAAGGAAUCCUAAAAGUUUGUUUUUCCAAUGAUGGUACUACAUUAGCAUCGGGUAGUUCCGAUUGCUCUAUUCGUUUAUGGGAUGUAAAUACAGGAUUAUAGAAAUUAUAAUUGGAUGGUCAUUAAAAUUCAGUAAUUUCAGUUUGCUUCACUUUUGAUGGUACUACAUUAGCAUCCAGUAGUUUAGAUUUCUCUAUUCAUUUAUGGGAUGUAAAUACAGGAUAAUAAAAAUGCAAAUUAGAUGGUCAUACUAGUUAUGUAUUAGCCCUAUGCUUCUCUCCUGAUGGUAGUAUAUUAGCAUCUGGUAGUGCAGAUAACUCCAUCAAUUUAUGGGAUACUAGGAUUUGUUAUUCAAAAAACAAUUUGGAUGGUCAUUCUGAUCAAGUUUAGUCAGUAUGUUUCUCUCCUAAUGGCACUAUAUUAGCAUCUGGAAGUACAGAUUAAUCAAUCAGUUUAUGGGAUAUUAAGACAGGAUAAUAAAAAGCUAAAUUGGAUGGUCAUAGCAACACAGUUUAGUCAGUAUGUUUCUCUCCUGACAGUACUUUAUUAGCAUCUGGUAGUGCAGAUAACUCUAUACGUUUAUGGGAUGUUAAAAUCGGAUAAUACAAAUCUAAAUUGGAUGGCCAUAGUAAUACAGUCUAUUCAGUAUGUUUCUCUCCUGAUAGUACUUUAUUAGCAUCUGGUAGUGCAGAUAACUCUAUCUGUUUAUGGGAUGUUAAGACAGAAUAAUAACAAGCUAAAUUGGAGUGUCAUAAUAGCAAUACAGUGUAUUCAGUAUGUUUUUCUCCUGACAGUACUAUAUUAGCAUCUGGUAGUGAAAAUAACUCUAUUAGUUUAUGGGAUCUUAAGACAGGAUAAUAAAAAACAAUUUUGGAGGGUCAUAACAAUAAAGUUUAUUCAGUAUGUUUCUCUCCUGACGGUACUACAUUAGCAUCUGGUAGUGUAGAUAACUAUAUUAUUUUAUGGGAUAUUAAGAAAGGAUAAUAAAAAGCCAAAUUAGAUGAUCAUAGUAAUAUUGUCUAUUCAGUAAUUUUCUCUCCUGACAGUACUACAUUAGUAUCUGGAAGUGCAGAUAAUUCUAUCCGUUUAUGGAAUAUUAAGACUGGAUAAUAAAAAGCGAAAUUGGAUGGUCAUUGCAAUACAGUCUACUCAGUAUCCUACUCUUCUGAUGGUAUUACAUUAGCAUCUGGUAGUGCAGAUAUGUCUAUUCGUAUAUGGGAUGUUAAAAAGGUAAAGUAAAUUGAAUCUGUGGAUGAAUGUUAAAAAGAUAUUUUAACAUAAUUUAAAACUCCUUUAUCUUAAAUCUAUCCUCUUCCAAAAAUUGGUACAAAUAUAUAUAUUAUCUAGUUAGUACUAAUAUAACAAUACUUCGUAUAUCUUAAACACCCUUAUUUUAAGCAUAAGAUGCAAUAAUUUAAUAGGGAGAAUUUCUUAAUUACUAAGGCCGAGAUAUAAGAUCACUAUUUAAAUCUAAAGGAAGUUUCUUUAUGGAAAGUUAAUUGCAAUUAUCAGAAAAUGGAGAAAAAAAAAGUUAAAUAGAAUAAUCGUAAAAAAGAAAUGAUAAUUUUACAAUAUCAUGA